AUGGCUCGCCACAACCCUCUGGUGGCUAUCAUGCUUGCCAUAUUCCUCCUCUUUGUUUCUACCCUUGUCAACGCUGGACACCCAAGCUUUGAGCCUCAUCCAUCAGAGUUCAAGUUGAAUUAUGUCCGCAUCAAGCCAAACGACAUCUUGGAGCCAUGGCCUGAUAAGAGAGUUCUCUAUUGCUAUGAGAACGAAAGAGCCCGAAAUGUCCUGUCUCAAUUCAUUCGCCACGGCAUGAGUCUAUGGUACGGUGCUGGUUUGCCGUAUGACUUCGUGAUGGAGGAGGUCAGCCGCACUGAGUGCCUCGCGAAUCGGAAAACUACCCUCGAAAUUCGACUCUACGGAGACGCCGUGUUUCACAGCUCCACAGGACGUACCACACCGACCGGUUCGGAUGGUCCCUCAAUGGUCCUAGGUGUGCAGAAUCCCGAACAAUACAACGGAACCCUUUGGGCUAUCACACACGAGAUAGGACACGUUUGGGGGCUUUUCCAUGAACAAGGGGACCCUGCUUUCUGGGGCACCGAUGGCCCAUUUCACUUCUACUGUCAACAUUUGGCACAAUUCGAGGAAAAAUCACGGGGUCUCUCCCUCAUGCAGAUCUGGGGGCUGGAUGGUAUCUGCACCAACUUUUGGGCUGCAGCGCAGGUUGAGUUUACAGCGACCAACUUUUUGCCCCUCCCAGAAGGAUUUUACACGUCGCCGAACAACGCCAAUUCAAGGGACGGUGACGUAGAUUGGAAGUCGAUCAUGCUGUAUCCCAGCAAUAUGUUCGCAAUUAAUGAUGGCAAGACUGGUCUGUACAGCUAUAUCCGAAGGGCAGGCCCGGCAUUCAUCCAGUCGGGAGAGGUGCCUAGCCCACACGAUGUCUACGGCAUCAAGACCUUGUACCAGGCACGCUAUGAGUCACCUCCAGUUACCCUGUACAACGACCCCCAAAGUUCGUACCACAGUCUUUUCACUUCGAUGGUGGAAGAGUGCCGUCGUCGUCGUCGUUGA